AUGAUGACCUCCAUGGCCAGGGUGACUUCUUCACUGUCUCCAGGCGCAGAGGCCUUCGUCACCAUGGCGACCACAGACUCGUACUGUAUGGGAGCGACGGUGGUGGCCAGGAGUUUACGGCGUCACGGGACAACUCGCAGCAUCGUUGUCAUGGUUACGCCUAACGUCUCAGAGCAGUCGAGACUUGCCCUGCAGGAAGCGUUUGAUGAUGUCAUCACGGUGGACGUGAUGGACAGCGAGGACCGUCUCCAUCUGUCCCUGCUGGGACGUCCCGAGCUCGGCCUCACCUUCACCAAGAUCCACUGCUGGUCUCUCAGUCGCUUCAGCAAGUGUGUCUUCCUGGACGCCGACACACUCGUUCUUUGUAACGUGGACGAGCUGUUUGAGAGAGAUGAGUUAUCGGCGGCUCCAGAUCCCGGCUGGCCUGACUGCUUCAACUCUGGCGUGUUUGUCUUCAGACCGUCGCUCAGAACGCACCGCCGCCUGCUGGAUCACGCCCUGCAGCACGCCAGCUUUGACGGAGGGGACCAGGGCCUGUUGAACUCUUUCUUCAGCAGCUGGCCGCUGGACGACAUCAGGAAACAUCUGCCGUUUGUCUACAACCUGAGUGCCAGCUCCGUCUACAGCUACCUCCCUGCUUUCACACAGUUUGGCCACAAUGCAAAGAUCAUCCAUUUCUUGGGAGCAGAGAAACCCUGGAGCUCCGGCAGCCAAUCACAGUCUCCCACCCUGGACCAGUUUGUGUCUCUGUGGUGGAAGGAAUACAACACCAGUAACACCAGUUACACCAGAUCAACUGCGCCAGGGAAACCCCAACAGAUCCAGGAACGAGAAACCGAGACGUUGUUUAGAGAAACCUUGGACAGCUCCAUCUCGCUGCUCGCAUAUUUCUCCCCGCUGUCUUUGAGGCUUCGUUCCUCGUCUGAACCAGAGAUGUGUUGCCACAAAGAUAACACACCGUUGGAGGAAGAAGAGAAGUCAGAGAUCCAGGACCCAGCGUCUGGUGCAGAAACGGAUCCACGUCCUAGCACGGAAGACGGCGCGGCAGACGGCGCGGCAGACGGCGGGGCAGACGGCGCGGCAGACGGCGGGGCAGACGGCGCGGCAGACGGCGCGACAGACGGCGGGGCAGACGGCGCGGCAGACGGCGGGGCAGACGGCGCGGCAGACGGCGCGGCAGACGGCGCGGCAGACGGCGGGGCAGACGGCGGGGCAGACGGCGCGGCAGAGCGGCGGCGGUGGAGGUGGGAGGCCGGCCAUGCCGACUACCUGGGCAGAGACGCCUUCCACAACAUCCAGACCAUGCUGGACCGCUUCCUGGAUUAAUGGAUCGCACACAGGAACAAACUCUAUUUCAAACCACUUUUUACAACAUUCCCUUUAUCCCAAAAUUUUUAAAGCUUCUUUUCAAGGUUUUUGGCACUUUUUUGAAUUUUGGUCUGCUUCCUGGCUUAACAGAUGUGAAAAAACAAAAAACAAAAACAAAAAAAAACAUUGAAAAAGCAACAAAAACGUCUAAUAAGGUGACGAAGAUGUCCUAAGAGCAACAAACCCUGAAGAGGAAAGUAUUUGUUAGACUGCGCUGUAACUCUAUUCUUGUAUUUUAUACCUGUCUUGCCUCUUGUUUUUCACUGCUCUUUAUUGUUUCAUGCAAAUCACUUUGAA